CCUUACCAUCAGCCUUACCAUCAGCCCUAGCAUCAGUCUUCUCAUCAGACUUAGCAUCAGCCUUCUCAUCUUCUACUUUCUUUAGAACAAACUUGUCGAUCUGCCCAUCGUCCUUGAAAAUAGCCACCAUCUCACGAACAUUCUGGUCUCCCUCACCCUACACCACCAGUGAUCAUAAUUAUUUUUGUUAAUUUUUAUCUUCUAUUGUAGGCCGUGAAAUUAAUGUUAAAGUAUGUUUAAGGUGUAUAUUUAUUAGUAUCUGUUAUUAGCUCACCCUGUUCAUUUUUAAAUUAGAUUAAUAUGCCAUCCGAUAACUAACAUGUCAAAAUAAUUUUUUAAUUUACAGAAAUAUUUGAGCGAUUACAAUUUUAGAUUCGUUAAUUGGCUGAAAAAUUGUAAAUGUGCAACUCAACGCACUAUAAGAUUCCAUAUACGCUUCAUUUGUAUAUUUCUCUGAAAUUAUGAGGAAUAAACUCAAUAAUUUAAUCAGUAUUAGAACUUUAAACAGUUUUAAAUUCUCCAAGGGCAGGGAUCUGGCGAAAUCCUGGGAAUCUGUUCGUAAUUACGACUGUGUUUACCUGAACCUCCAUAAACUUGACUAUAACUUGCUAGUAACUGGUAAUAAAUUUGUCAAAAAACAGUUUGGCGAGUAUUUGGCCAUUUUGGAUCAAAUUAAAAAAUUUAACAAGAAAUUGGUCCUAAUUGGACUCAGCCGGAAGGCUGAACUUGCAUCCUUCGGCGAUGUCGUCAUGAACAACCAACUAGAACUCUUUAACCUAUUCCUUCUCCUCUUUCAAUUCCAAAACAACUUACUUCUCGAUAAAAGAGGAGUUGAGUUGUUGAGGAGGAAGUGCCCGAAUAUAUAUAAGCUGUUUGUUCAUAAGGCUAACUACUAUUACAGCCAGAUUUUACACCAUUUAAAAUCAUCGCAUAACGAGCGGAUCUUAAUAGUCAUUGACGAGUAUUUGGAGAAUUUUAUCGAUUUAAAGGAAAAAAUCCGACUUGACACUGAUAGUUUUGACUUUACUCACAGUUUUGACUUCACUCAUAGUUUUGACUUUACUGAUAGUUUUAACUUUAAUGACAGUUUUAACUUUAAUGACAGUUUUAACUUUAAUGACAGUUUUGACUUUAAUGACACUUUUAAGUUUACUGAAGACAUGAGGAACUGGUCCCUUUUCCUAUGCUUUUACAUUUUUUUACCCUUUUUAACACUUUCUUCUGCAGUUUUGUACGGGGUUGUAAAUUACUUCUACUCCAUUAACAGGGAUAAAUUCAUCUCAAUCACAAUUCAGGACGACGCAAUUAAUUCUCGAAAGAACAGAGAAAUUAAACUAAAUAAAAAUAUUCAAUUCUACGACACACGGCGGGAUUAA